AAAAUUACGAUCUCGUAGUAAUACUAGUCACACUAAACUUUACCCAGCACUAUGGGACCAGUUUCAAAUAAUCUUACGACCGAGCAGUUGGCCCGUCAAUUACGUAAGAUCGAGAAGGAUAAACGUAAAAAACAGUAUGAAGAUUUACAAGUUCAAGGUACUAAUAAUUCAUCUAUAGUGUCUAAGAGAAGUGUAGAGAAAUUAUAUGAGACUCAACUUCAUCCCGAAGAAAAACAAUGGUUUGCAAGUUUUGUAGCUAAAAAGGUGGUUAGAAGAUCACCUGCUAUCAAUAGAGGUUACUGGAUUCGUAUGGAAAGUAUUAAAGUGUUGGUAAAGAAAAUUGUGGAUAUGAACCCUAAUGUCCCUAUAAUCAAUAUAGUCAACUUAGGUUGUGGAUUUGAUCCAUUACCAUUCCAAUUAUACCACUAUAGUGAUAGGCUACGUUUCAUUGAUGUGGAUUAUCCUGAAUUAAUCAAUAACAAAUACGGAAUGAUCUAUAAAAGUCAAGAUAUUGUAGAGUUAUUGGGACUUACUGGUACAGAAGAUGAAAAAUUAAGUAGUAAUGAUAAAGCUAAGGGUAUACGAAUUAACCACAACAGGUAUACACUUAUAGGUUGUGAUUUAAAGAAUGCAGAGUUGUAUGAAUCUCAACUUAAUUACUUGGUAGGACUGGGUAAUGAUAGUGUAACCAUAUUUAUAGCUGAAGUGUCGUUGGCUUAUAUGCGAAAUGAGUAUGCUAAUAAAGUUAUAGAGAUCAGCAGUCGAAUUAAUCAUAGUCAUUUUGUUAUACUAGAACAGAUCUUACCGGAUGGACAUAAUCAUGCAUUUGCUCAAAAGAUGAUAGCCCAUUUCAAUAAACUCAGAAGUUCUUUACAUUGUAUAGAAGAUUAUCCCACCAAGGCAGCGCAAGUGGCUCGAUUCAAACAAUAUUAUAACGGAGAAGUAGAGAUCCAUAACUUGUUUGAGAAUUGGCACCAGCUCAUUGACGAUUCCACCAAAUCCAAGAUUCAUGACAUCGAGGAAUUUGACGAAUGGGAAGAGUUCAUUGUAUUCUGUCAGCAUUAUAUCAUCCUCCAUGCUACAACCAUGGCUGGACAAACAUUGUAUAUAACCAACAAGAAUAAGAAUGUCUUGAACAGUCAACCGGAAAUCGAUGGCACUGUAUCCAUAAGUAUCGAAUCAGAAUUGAGUCAUGACGAAAGACUCCAGUGGAAGUUUCCAGGCGCUGCCUUAAUCGGUGAAGAUAUUGUUAUUCAAGGUGGAUUAAAGCAGACCAGAACUAAUGGUACAAUGAUUCUACACCAGGAUCAUAUCGAAGAGAUUGAAUCCAAUGAAGAGCAAGAUAAAUUCCCAGCUAGAAUGGCACAUUCGCUCACUUCUAUUGGAGAUAAGUGUGUUUUAGUAGGGGGCAGAGCUCGACCAGGUAAAAAUUUUAAUGAUAUCCAUUUAUUUGAAGAUGGUGUGUGGAAUAGUGCUGGCAUGUUAGCUCAUGGAAGAAGCAGACACAGUACUGUCAAGAUAGAUGAUGAUCAUUUACUUAUAUUUGGAGGAUUAGAACCAGAAUCAGAGACAGAGAUAGAAUCAUUCAUAGUGUAUGAAGUAUCCACUAGUACAAUCAUACCAGUCCAAGUUCAAGGUAUGUCCAUUGGUAAUAUGAAGAGCAGUGCUAUAGCCUACAAUGGAAAGUAUGGAAUAAUAGUUGGAGGUAUGAAUAGUGUAGAACAACCUAUAGUUAAUGGGUCCAUUUACCAAUUUGAGAUCAGUAGAGAUGUUCAACAAUACCACUAUAAUCUUAGUGUAACUCAUAUCGAUCAUCACGCCUACCUCUUCAGUCGGAUUGGAUGUAAAGUUAAAUUUAUAACAGACUCCAAAGUCAUAAUUAUAGGAGGAGUAUCACCAUACGAGAUCUACAACGAUUCCAAUUCCACCAUCAUUACUUAUGACAUAUCUACAAAGACAGUUCAAGGUGUUUGUAUAAACGAGAGUAUACGAACCAAUAAAGCUCCAUUACUUAUUGGAUUUGAGGCUGUUCAAGAUGAAAAAAAUCGGAUUAUUACUAUAGUGGGUGGAGGAGCGGUAUGUUAUUCAUUUGGUAGUGAAUAUAAUGGAGUUUAUACCAUUAGAUAUUAAGUAGUAAGAAUCAAGGAGUAGUAAGUAUUAGCGAAUUUUAUGUAGAAGAGAUGAUGCACCGAGAAAUGUAUGAUGUACAAU